CCCACUUGAAGAUUAGCUCUAACAAAAUUUGUUGCACGUCGCAAUGUCAUUGCAUCUACAACAACCCUCCUACAAAGGGACCAGGCCCAACAUAGCAGAUAAUGCUAUAUUUAUAGCUCAUGUCCCUGGGGAUCAAAUCACUAUGGAGAGCUCGAAGUCACACAACUCGUGUCAGUGGGCUCUCCCUGAUUCCCAGGGAGCAGCGCAAUCCACUCUACCAGGAAUCAAAUCUACUUCGAUGGAUCUCGACUACACAUAGGGAUACGAAAACGGAGCUCACAAGUAAGGAUAUGUUGGAUGAACUUUUAAAGGCAAAAUCACGGUCGUUCUUUAUUAGAGCGUUGCGCAGACGGGACAUUAAGAAGAGGUCCGGCUUCCAACCGAAGGCAUCCGAACUUGUGAAGAGACCAAUUCGAUAUCCCACCAAGGAAGAAUCGCUUCGCAGCUUGCGCAAGCAUCGAGGCAGUGCUGCGAGACAACAUCUAUACGACAGUGCGCAUGAAGUCUCUUCGAAACCUUCGAGCAGUUGGCAUUGGACCUUCGAUUUCAUGCUACGGCAUACAAUCGACAUCAGAGAAAUAUUAUAUUUUCAACUUAUUAUAGGGAAGGGUGUAGCAGCCGAAGCCCGUGCAUUACUCUCGGAACCAGAUACGCAUAUUUCUCAGAUCUGCCGUAGGAACGAAAGCCUCGUCCGAAUCGAAGAAAUAAAUCCCGAAAAUGGCGAACUUGUUCUUAGUCUAUCCGGCUCUGAAGACUCGGUCCGAAAGUCACUUCUGGAUAUCUUAGGGGUAGUAGGCAAGAUCACCGCUGUUAGGGUGUCCGAUCCAACCCUGGAAUCCCUGCUGUUAGAUGUAUGGAAGGGUGCAGCAGGAAAGCGACCGGAAAUUCGACUCUUGGGGGGUGGGGAGGUUGCGGUCGACGACAAGACAUUAACUGUGCAAACCUCCUUUUCGAAUUUCGUCAAGUACAAGAGUUACCGCCUGACUAGGCGGGCUGACGAAAUCAACCGUCCUACAGAAUGGACCCAAGAUUCCUUUGAGAAAUACGUUGCUGCUUUAGUUCAUGGGCGGGUUCCAUCGCAUCUGGCUCGAUCAUUGUACCCAGAAUUUCCCGAUCAUCAGGAAACUGUUGUUUCUCUACUCACCGAGCUGUUCACCUCGGAACAUACUAGAUCCGCUGCCUCGUUGUCUGCUUUGAAAAUGGCUAUCAAUUUUAUCGAAUCUAGAGGCGGCGGUUUUCGUCAAGCAUCCCGGACCAUCUUCAACCAAGCGGAAAUGCUCAACUUCUCCAUGGAUGCUGAGAUAUUCAAUAUAUUUCUCGUUAGCGCGUCGAAGGCCGGCGAUCUUGACGGUUUUAAUAGCAUACUAAGGGCAAUGGUCCGGAAAGGUUAUGCCCCGCAGGGCCGUUCUUGGGUCGCCUUCGUGGAGAUGAUACAAAGUCCGGCUCUCAAGCGUUAUAUUGUUGCAAAGCUGAGGACCAAAGGGCUUAACCGCAACCCGUCGAUACUUCGCGCAAUAGGUAGACAGAUGGCAAUUAUUGAUCUUGAGCGUCAUAUUUCGACUGAAUUUGAUGUACGGACGUUCGUACGCGAACAAGAUAAAAAGUACGGUUCUAGAUGGCUAGACACUAUUACCGUCAACAGGAUCGUAGAUGUGCUCGGGGCGCAUAGGAAUUUGGAUGCUUGCAAUGCCUUGUUGGAUCUCAUCUAUGACACGGGCAUCACAUCACCCAAUGCUGUCACACUAAACACAAUAUUGACCCAUACGAAGAGCUUCGCACAGCAAAUAGCCAUCUUUAAGUCGAUAUUAACGCGCUGGCCAAGGUUGGCACUGCAUGCAGAUACUUAUAAUCUGCUAUUUGGAGCAGCUUGGAAGAGACGGUACCCUAACAUGCUUCGAGUGAUAUUAAGAUAUGCGGCUCUUGCUCGUCGUACAACACCUAAACUGCGGUACACCCUGACAAAACUUCUUACCCAAAGGCAGCAUUUGAGCGCCCGGUGGGUUUUCUUGAAGACCUGGGAAGACGUAAUCUUCGGGCAGACAGAAUUAGCCGAGAUGCGGGCGAUUCAUUCAGAUAGCCUCAAGGUGGAGCACAUGAUACAUAAAUACGUCGAGCAGACCCAAGGCAUGAAAUUAGAGGCUUCAUUUUUAGAUAAGCUCGAAGAAGCGCUUGAGAUGGAUGUGAGGAUUCAUCAACUUCGAAAGAAUGGGCUACUCACAACUCCGUCGACAUCGGUGAGAGAGUCACUCUCAGUCCCAUUGCCAUCAUCAAAGCUAGAGGUUCGAAUCGGGCCUUCAGGCUCUCGAAGUAAUGAUUCGCGCGGCAUAAAAGUAGGGGGUACGAGCCCAAUGUUUACAAGAAUAUUGCAGCGUACGAACCGCCCAGAAAAAUGACCAUCUCGUCACCUUACGACAAUCACUACUAGAGAGUCUCGACCUGUUGUAGACCGGGAGGAUAUUCAAUAUCUACACGUGGUGGCUACUAGGUGUUGAUAUCUGUACCUGAUACUGUAACACUACAAAAAGGGGACUGGGGAAAAAAGGACUGGAUAGAUAGGGGUUAGAUGUAUGUACUAACGAUGACGAUCUGUAUGUAUGUAUGUAUGUAUGUAUGUAUAAUACCUAUUAUAGGCAAACCUAGCCUAUAAGAAAGAAUCAACUCGAGAUAUAAA